AUGGCAGGAGUGGAGCUUUUGAGCCUUGAGACCAAACUCUGUGUCUUUGAGGAGGAGACUCGAGCACGACAGGAGCAGCGCCACUUGAUGGAUGAGCUCCAUGGGGAGCAGAUGAAGCGCAUUGAUGAGAUAGAGGAAGAGCUGGACCAAGCCAUGAAAGAAUUGAAAGCCUACAUUGAGGAAUUCAUGCAAAAGUUCAGAAAGGAGCUAGAUGACACCUUCACAGCAUUGUUCAGUGAACUGCGGGUGCAGGUGGAACGUAUCACUCCUCGAAUCGCUGCGCUAGAAGCGCGAGGCCGAGUCUUGCGGAAUGGCAUUGAGGAGGAGCGGCAAGACCGCAUCCGGCACUAUGCUGAGAUCCUCGUGCCAGUUAAGGCACAGAUCGCGAAGAUAGAACAAGGCCUCAACAGAGAGGAGAAGGUCAGACAGGUUCCACCUCCUGUGCCUUCAACUCUUGGCCAGCCAUUCAUCGUGAUCCAUGGCAAUAUCGGUUUGACAGUAAUUAUUUGA